AUGGAACUCCAUCUCGUCCUGCUGUGUGCUGCCGUCCUGAUGUGUGCUGCCGUCCUGCUGUGUGCUGCCGUCCUGCUGUGUGCUGCCGCCCUGCUGUGUGCUGCCGUCCUGCUGUGUGCUGCCGUCCUGCUGUGUGCUGCCGUCCUGCUGUGUGCCGCCCAGCUGUGUGCUGCCGCACAGCUGUGUGCUGCCGCCCUGCUGUGUGCUGCCGUCCUGAUGUGUGCUGCCGUCCUGAUGUGUGCUGCCGCCCUGCUGUGUGCUGCCGUCCUGCUGUGUGCUGCCGUCCUGAUGUGUGCCGCCGCCCUGCUGUGUGCCGCCGUCCUGCUGUGUGCCGCCGUCCUGCUGUGUGCCGCCGUCCUGCUGUGUGCCGCCGUCCUGCUGUGUGCCGCCGUCCUGCUGUGUGCCGCCGUCCUGAUGUGUGCCGCCGUCCUGAUGUGUGCCGCCGUCCUGAUGUGUGCCGCCGUCCUGAUGUGUGCUGCCGCCCUGCUGUGUGCUGCCGUCCUGCUGUGUGCUGCCGUCCUGCUGUGUGCUGCCGUCCUGAUGUGUGCUGCCGUCCUGAUGUGUGCUGCCGUCCUGAUGUGUGCUGCCGUCCUGCUGUGUGCUGCCGUCCUGAUGUGUGCUGCCGUCCUGCUGUGCCGCCCUGCUGUGUGCCGUCCUGAUGUGUGCUGCCGUCCUGCUGUGCCGCCCUGCUGUGCUGCCGUCCUGAUGUGUGCUGCCGUCCUGAUGUGUGCUGCCGUCCUGCUGUGUGCUGCCGUCCUGAUGUGUGCUGCCGUCCUGCUGUGCCGCCCUGCUGUGUGCCGUCCUGAUGUGUGCUGCCGUCCUGCUGUGCCGCCCUGCUGUGUGCAGUCCUGCUGUGUGCUGCCGUCCUGCUGUGUGCUGCCGUCCUGA